AUGUGCGGCGGCACCGGCUGGGGACGUCAGUCCAGGGGCGACAAGAUCAAUAGUCGCGCGUUUGCCCAAGCUAUGGGUGGUGGGAAGCCACGCAGCCCGUCACGAUUCAGUCGCAAAAGCAAGAGGGUCAGCCACACCAGGGUGGAUGCAAAAGCAAGGCAGCUCAAAGAUACGGGCAACCAAGCUUGGGAUCGAUCGUUCUUUGGAUCGACAAACGGCUUCCGGAAGGGAAAGUCUAAGCAAAGAGCCAGUCAGGGCAGUGACACGAGCAGGCGUGGCCUCAGUGGCUCCAAUGGUUCCAUUCGCUCCACGGUAAAGCCGCUAUCACAGGAUAUGCUCUUUGGGAAUAAGCGUAAGACGAAAGUGUAUCAACCGCCGGCUAACAGCUUGCGUGGAAAGCUUAGACAGUCCAAGGCUGGUAUAAAUGCGAUGGCAGCUACUGCUAGUAAUAUGGCCAAAUAUGGAGGCCAAGUCUCUUAG